AUGAAGGUCCCCAUAGCCGCCCUCGCCGCCCUGCUCCUCGUGGCCACCUGCUCCCUGGCUGAGCCCCACUUCGACAUCGUUCCCAUCACCUGCUGCUUCAGCUACCUGCAGCACCCCAUCCCGCGCAGCCUCAUCGCCUCCGCCUACACCACCAGCAGCAGAUGCACCCAGCCGGCAGUGAUCCUGGUCACAAAGAAGAGGAGGAAGCUGUGCACAGACCCCCAGGCAGCCUGGGUGCAGGCACAUCUGGAGCACUUCCAGACGCUGGAGUACUGA